AUGAACUUUUCAUUAUCAAACAAACGUUUAGAAAAUGUUAUUCAAAUAACGAAUAGUAUAUUUCCAUUAAUUAUUUUACCGCUAGCAACAGUUGGUAAUUUAUUAUGUUUUCUUGUUUUUUGUCGACCAAUAUUUCAAAAACGUUUAACACGUACAUCAUCAAUAUGUCUACGUUUAUUAUGUAUAAAUGAUUUAAUUUUAUUAUAUUUAUUUAUAAUUGAUGUUUUAUUGAAAAUUUAUAUGGAACCACCAAAACGUAUUUAUUCAACGCCAGAAACAUGUCGUUUAUAUAAAUUUAUUCGUUAUUCAUUUUUGGAUAUGUCAGCUUAUUUACAAUUAGGUUUAACAACUGAUCGUUUUAUAUGUUGUGUUCAUCAUACAUAUUAUUCACAUUGGCGUAAAAAAAAUUAUCUAUAUUAUUUAUUAAUUACAGCAUUUAUAUUAAUUGUUUUAAAAAAUAUAUCAUUUUUAUCUUCAUUAUAUGGUUAUACAAUGUCAACUCAUAAACGUAAUAUAACUAAAUGUUCAGUUAAAAUUGAAGCAAAACAUUUUGCAAUGUAUAUGGCUUAUGGACAAUCAUUAAUUGAUGUUAUUUUUAUAACUUGUAUACCAUUUUUUCUUAUAGUUUAUUUUAAUUCAAGAAUUUUAAAAGAAGUAUUAAAUUUACGUCCUACAUGUUGGAGUACAUUAACAAAAAUAAUACAUUUAAAACCAGGACAAAAUCAAGAUUCAAAUCGAUCUACAACUGUUGUAUUAACAUGUUCUCGUUCUAAACAUCGUCGUCUUCAUUUAACAUUUGCACUUGGUUGUAUAUCAUUUGUAUUUGUACUUAGUACAGCACCAUACAAAUUUUUUAAAAUUGUUGAAAGACAUGAUAAAGUUAUACGUGAUCAUCAAAAAAAUCGAGUAUCAAAAUCAGUUCAACUACAAUUAGCUGAACUUAUUAUUGAUUGUCUUCAAUAUUUUUCAUGUUCAACACCUUUUUUUGUUUGUUUAACUACAUCAAGCAUGUUUAGAGAGGAGUUACGUCUUUUAUUUCAAUAA